AUGUCCUCGACCGUCUACACCCUCCUCCAGUUCAGCGCGGAUCCCUGGAAUGCCCGCUUCGAAGACCUUGAGAGCAGACUCGCCUUCACAGUGUGUAUUGAGGAGGACCCAAACCUCAUAAUGAGACUCACGCGCGAGAAGCCCUGGACCCAGCAGCAUCCGGACAUCAUGGGGCCCAGCAAUUCGUAUUUCUAUUUUGGUCCUAACCGCGCACCGGGCUACCUCGUAUACGGGAACAGCCCACCACAGUCGAUGGCAAACGCGCGACGGCAGAAGAGAGACAACAGCCCCUCACGCUAUUUCAUAGCGCAGAACGGUAAAGAAUUCAAGUGGAAGGUCACCCCUCAGCGACUAGAGUGCCUAGAUAGUAAGGGAAGCACGGUGGCCCUAUGGGAAACAAGCCAGCUCGAAGACCCGUUCCAUGCGCGGUUAACCAUUAAACAUUCAGCGCUCUCCAUAGCCACCGAACUCGUGACGACCUUGACCCUCAACCGCAUUGCGAUGAUAAUGAAUUGGUGA